GAAGCCGAGUAGCAGCGUGAAGCUGGUACUUCUGGGCGAAGCAGCUGUCGGAAAGUCUUCGCUCGUGAUGCGCUUCGUGAACAACGACUUCCAAGAGAAUAAGGAACCCACAAUAGGCGCUGCCUUCCUGACACAGAAAUGCAACCUCCCAACCCGGACCAUCAAAUUCGAGAUCUGGGAUACCGCCGGCCAAGAACGCUUUGCCUCCCUCGCACCGAUGUACUAUCGCAAUGCCCAAGCCGCACUUGUCGUCUACGACAUCACGAAGCCCUCGUCCCUCACAAAAGCGCAGCACUGGGUUGCCGAACUCCAUCGACAAGCCUCACCUGGAAUCGUGAUAGCUCUCGUCGGCAACAAGACUGACCUGGCUAGUUCAGGUGGUGAGGAAAGCUCAGAGGACGCAGAUGCCGCACCUGCUGCUGAGGGCGAAGAGAACCAUGAGGACAACACCGAUGCGAGGAGAGUCCCCACCAAGACUGCGAAGUCAUAUGCGGAUGAGGAGGGCUUGCUAUUCUUUGAGACUAGCGCGAAGACGGGACAACAUGUUGCCGAAGUGUUCACGGCCAUUGCAAACGCUAUUCCCGAGACAAGCCUCAAAGGACCUAGGGGAGUUGGUGGACAGACAAACUUGGGCAGGCAAGACGACGCGCGAGUCAAUUUGGGCAGCGCUCGGGCGGAGGGUGCAAAGGAGGGCUGUGCGUGCUGAUGAAGGAGUUGGAAGGCUAUUCUUUCGAAUUGGUAAGAGCAUGUCAGUCUUUCACAGCAACUUUUGUUCCCGUCGAUGGUGCAGGCGUACGAUAUCAGUCACAUGGCAGCUUUUGCAGAGACCUUUCGUUGGACUGUCCCUUUAUUAGCCUUCCUGUACCUAGGAAAUGACAUCUAGUUAAUCGAG